GGGUGCCGCGUGUGCGCAGGCGCCGGCUCGCCCCUCCUCCUGUGGCCGCUCGGUCGGUUGGUCGGUCGGUCGGCGCGUGUAGUGUGCAGAGCGGCGGCGUUUUAACUCAACAGUUAAACUCUCAAACACACCGCCCCCUUCUUCCCUCGCUUUUUCCAACCAGCUUGCCAUUUAGAACAUGCCUCCAAAAAAGGCAGACGGUGAACUGAAGGCACUACCCAUCAUUGGACGAUUUGGUACCUCGUUGAAAAUUGGUAUUGUUGGAUUGCCAAAUGUAGGGAAGUCUACAUUUUUCAAUGUUCUAACCAAGAGCGAGGCAGCUGCGGAAAACUUUCCCUUCUGUACUAUUGAUCCUAAUGAGAGCAGAGUGCCUGUUCCAGAUGAACGGUUUGAUUUCCUCUGCGACUACCAUAAGCCUCCCAGUAAAAUACCAGCAUUUCUGAAUGUCGUGGACAUAGCAGGACUCGUGAAGGGUGCUCACGCCGGUCAAGGGCUUGGAAAUGCCUUCCUGUCCCACAUCAGUGCCUGUGAUGCAAUCUUCCAUCUUACAAGAGCUUUUGAGGAUGAUGGCAUUGUUCACAUUGAAGGGAGUGUGGAUCCUGUUCGGGAUAUUGAAAUCAUUCACGAAGAACUGAGACUAAAGGAUGAAGAGCUAAUUGUGCCCAUUAUUGACAAACUAGAGAAAGUGGCAGUAAGAGGAGGUGACAAGAAACUAAAACCAGAAUUUGAUAUAAUGUCCAAAGUGAAGAACUGGAUUAUAGAUGAAAAGAAACACGUGCGCUUCUAUCCUGAUUGGAACGAUAAGGAGAUUGAAGUAUUGAAUAAACAUUUGCUAUUGACUUCAAAACCAAUGAUUUAUUUGGUUAACUUGUCUGAGAAAGACUACAUUAGAAGAAAGAAUAAAUGGUUGAUAAAAAUUAAGGAGUGGGUGGACAAGUAUGAUCCGAAAGCACUGGUCAUACCUUUUAGUGGAGCAAUAGAACUCAAGUUCCAGGAGAUGGAUGGAGAAGAAGAACAAACAAAAUACCUGGAAGAAAACAAAACGCAAAGUGCUUUGGCCAAGAUCAUCAAGACUGGAUUCUCAUCUCUACAGCUUGAAUAUUUUUUUACUGCAGGCGUAGAUGAAGUGCGAGCAUGGACCAUAAAGAAAGGGACGAAGGCUCCUCAGGCUGCUGGCAAGAUCCACACAGAUUUCGAGAAGGGCUUCAUUAUGGCCGAAGUAAUGAAAUUUGAAGAUUUUAAAGCAGAAGGCUGUGAAACUGCUGUCAAGAGCGCUGGAAAAUACAGACAACAAGGCAGAAAUUAUAUUGUUGAAGAUGGAGACAUUAUCUUUUUCAAAUUCAAUACUCCACAACAAUCAAAAAAGAAAUGAAUUUAAAGUACAACUUCCUCCUGUCAUAAACAGUAGAACAUAAUAGGCAAGACAUUGCACAUAUCCAAACUUGUGAAUAAAAGGACUUAUAAGGGUUUCUGACUAAUUAAGUGGUCGGGGAUAGAUUGGCAUCUGGCAACAGUUACAAUAAAUUGGAUCUUUGACAGGAUUCUGCUUAUAUGGUCUUACAUGUGGAUUUUGCUGUGUUCUGAAACAUCUGAACUAUAUUGAAUUUACUUAUUUUUAAAUAUAUGGCUGUAAAUCAUGAUUCCAACCUGUCUGGGGGCAGUGAUAUUCCUUUAAUUGUAUUCCUGAUGUUUGUUCUGGAAUGAGAUAAUGUUAUUCCAAUGAAAAUGUAGGUUCACUAAAUGUCGACAGCUUUAAUUUAAGAUUAAAGCUCUACUCUAAAUUGGAACAUUUCAAGAACCAUAUUACUCUCAUGAUACUUCAUUAAUCUCCAUCACUAGAUGCCAAAUCUGACACACUUGACAGAAAAGACAAUGCCACUUGCUCCUUUCUGAAUCUACAGAUAAUGCAUGUUUUACAGUACUCCAGAUGUUUACAGUCAAUAAAACAUUUGACAAAAACA